AUGGUGGACUAUGAAGAUGAGCUAUUAGCAGACAUCGACAGCCUAAGUGAAGAAGAGGACGUUGAAGUAAACGAGAAGUUUGAACCGGAAGUUUCUGGUUCGUUUGAAAAUAAACUUAAGGAUAUAUUAAACGAAGAUGAGCGAAAUAUUUUAGACUUUGAUCACGUACAAGAUCUUAAAACGUUGUCUCGGGUUAUAGCUAUAGUUCCAGAGCUAAGAGAAAAACUUGAAUUCUAUUCAAAUGACGAGAAUUCUGAUUACAUGGAGUUGAUAUCUUGGCUGAAGCAGAAUACAUCUGAGGAAUUCAAGUUCAUAAGUCUUGUCAAUGAGUUAAUUUCAGUAAUUAAUGAGGAGAUCAUGAUGUUUCAUUCUAUCGCAAAAAGUCAAUAUAGCUUGGUAUUCCCUGAACUAGAGACGCUAGUCUUUAGUGCGGUUGAUUAUGCUAAGACAGUCUUAUUGGUUAAACAGGAUUUAAUCGGAAUCAAGAAUCAUGAGGAAGAGAUGAGAAAGUUCAUCUCAAAUGAAAAAGUCUUAGUAAUCAUAAUGGCAGGCCUACAGCAAGUGAAGAAGCGGCUUACAUUAGACGACAAUGAUAUGAGGAAGCUAACCACAAGCUGUGAACUAGUGCUCGAAUUGAAUGAUAUAUUACAAGAACUUGGUUCAUUUGUGGCCAGUAAAAUUUCACUGUUUGCUCCAAAUGUGUCAGCUAUCAUUGGAUCUGUACCCACCUCUCAAAUUCUUAUCGCUACGGGAUCUUUAAAGCAGUUGUCGCUAACUCCAUCUUGCAAUUUGCCAUCAUUGGGGGUUAGAGAUCUUUCAUCUAAAACAAGAACCAUAUCCAAAACCAUUAGACAAACAGGCUACCUCUAUCAUUCUGAUCUAAUUCGAUAUUUGCCUGAAGACAUAAUAAAGCCUGCGUUAAGGAUUGUCAGCGGAAAAGUUAUUUUAGCUGCUAGAUUAGAUUUAUCGAAAGCUAGUCCCAAUGGAUCUUUUGGAAAACGAAUCUUGCAAGAAAUCAAUUCAAAGAUAGAAAAGUUACUCACUCCACCUGAAAAUCAUCCCGAUAGGGCUCUCCCUAUUCCUGUGGAUCAGAAAUCGAAAAAGAGAGGUGGAAAAAGAUUUAGGAAGAUGAGGGAGCGCUUACAGAUGUCAGAGCUCCGUCGGGCACAAAAUAGAAUGGAAUUCGGUAAAACUGAAGAAACUGUCAUUGAUAGUUUUGGUGAGGAAAUUGGUCUUGGAAUGAGCCGAAGUAAUGAUCCCAAUAGUGGUAGAAUACGAGCGAUAAGACCAAAUUCUAAUACAAAAGCAAAGAUGUCGAAAGCAAUGUCACAACGUCUAGACAGCAUAGAAUUACCAUCGGUAAGCCCAUCUACACAGUCUAAUACUGUAUCAAAAAUAGACCUUUAUCCUUCUUCUCUGGGCGUUAUGUUUUCUGGAAUGUCUAAGAGAAAGUUAGACUCUAGUGAGAACAUUUCGGCCUCUAAAAAGCCUCAUAAAUAG